AUGGAUUUCGAGAUGUUUCUGCGGUGGACAGGAUAUGUCAGCAUGGGGUUCAUUCUGUUGGCGCCUGGGAUCACCUUCGUCUGGAACAAGAAGGUGGCAUGCUACACGCCCUACCUGUACCUGGCAAUGUCCUUCAACGGUGUGCUGCGAGUGUUGUAUGUGAUGGUGACCAAGGGAGACGUGGUUAUCAUGUACAUCAACGGCGGCGGGGUGCUGCUGGAACUGGUUUAUACUGCUAUCUUCAUCAGUCUUGCUGCAGCAGCGGACCGUCGUCGGGCCAAUCUGCUCCGAUCGAUCGUGCCUGGGCUCUUGAUCCUUAUCCUGGGCGGCAUAUGUUACCUGACCAGUGCCACAGCCUACAGGCUGCUCUGUGCCAUCUGUGGGACUGCUCUGUACAUCGUCCCAAUGAUUGACGUGGUUAAAGUCAUCAAACUCAAGAAGAGAAAGUACAUGCCACCUCUGCUCCUUGCCUCUACCUCGUUCCUCAACAGCAUAAUCUGUGUUAGAAUAAAUCCGAGGUACGCGGUCCAUCCACCGAGGAACAAGCAAUCACAGACAAUGAAGACAUCGAUAUUUGUUAACGAGCUUACUGAGAGCUACUCGACGAGUCUGCCCCAGACCCGCCGCCGCCGUGAGACCCCGCUGCUACUCCCGCAACUCCAGUCUCCGUGA